UAAUGGACGAUCACUCUUCAUUCAGUUGCUGAACAACGGUUGCGUUUGGUUGCAGAUCGUUGAUUUCAUUACAAGCUUCGGUGGUGAAUCUUCUCGGAAAAAUACAAUCUCUGCUGUCCGCUCGGCCGCUGUAGCAAAAAUAUGCGUUUCGGAAGAUUAAUUAGCGGUGUUGUGUUGCUGCUGGGAGUAACCGCGCGUGUGGCAGGCAGCCGGGAGGAACCGAAAACGUUUCCGGGAGCGUCACUGGUGCUGCCGGCCGUUCUGCCAAUUCUUGGCACGAUCAUACCCACCCUCAUACCGGGCAUACAGGGUCCACCGGGAGCGCUCCCAGGAGUGUCCGUUUCGCACUCCACGUCCAUCGCCACCUCAGUGCACAAUCGACCGAUCGCUAUAAGCCAUAGUGGUUCGGUUUCGACCAACGGAAAUACGGAUGCUGGUUCGGGCGCUUCUGCCGGCUCGUCGCACCAUGGGUCCGUGACGGCCGAGAGUGCUUCAAGUACGAGGCGCAAAACUGGAUUCGCCAAGGCGCCACAGUUGAGCAAACGGUGGAGCAAAUUUUUCAAAAGGCUUGGUUAAAUUUGGAGAAUUACAGAGAGAGAGAGAGAGAGAGAGAGAGAGAGAGAGAGAGAGAGAGAGAGAGAGAGAGAGAGAGAGAGAGCAGAACAAGAUGAAAUUACGUUGAAUAUAAAAAGAAAAUAAAACCCUUCUUUUUGGGAAAAUAAAACAUACUUGAUACUUGAUCGUUGAUCGUCA